AUGCGACUACUGUGGCAGUUUCGUUGCCCUAUCUUGCUAGCGUUGAGCUUUCUAUCUGCUACAGCUCAAGCUCAAGUAGUAAUGACAACCAUCGGUUAUCGAACAGUCUCCAGAGCCGAAGCCAUGUCUAUCAAUCAAGGUCACAGGCCUACCGGUGAAUGGUUCGAUGGCGAUGGGCCUCCCCAAUUAGGAGAUGGCUUUUUUUAUUUGACAAACACAUUUCCUUCUUGGAAAGAUCCCGAACCCGAUGAUUGGUUCUGUGUUAUCAAAGCGGAUCAAGAUAAGUUACAGGCGAUCGGCAAAGCAUGGAUUCCAGAAUAUUGGGAUAGACUUAUCGCGGGUCAGAAAUAUGAAAAAUUUCACUUAUGGAGCGGAAAGGAAGUAGACAUCAUGAGAUACCUCCACUUUAUGCGAAUACGAAACCGCGAAAGGGCCUUACGCUUUUCAUGGGUCGCAACCGGGAAGCCAUGGUCAAAAAUUGAUCGAAUUCCGCCAUUACACAUGCUCAUUCCAACUGAUGUGAUAGUCGACGAUCAGUUGGGAUUAUGGGCUAAGUGCUUUGAAACAGCCGAGGAGGUAGAGGAAUUUUCGAGCACAAUCCAUGAUUUGCUGAGUUGGGAGGAUAUUCUUCAAAAGAUUAAUUGGCUGGGUUGGGCGGAAAUUAUUGGAGACCCUGAAGAUCCACCUGACCCCUUCCCUGCUGAUUUCUUCGAUACAGAUGAAUAA